UUAAAAAAGUAAAACAAUUAUUGAAAAUUUCUGUCUUGAAUAUAAAAUUGUAAAAAAAUAAAAACAAUUUGAUUAUGAUAAUAAGAAGUAACAACACAAUUAACUCGAUAUAUAAUUAGGGAAGCGAUUAGCACAUAAAUUGUUAUUUACUUAAAAUAUAUAUGUAUACAUUUUUAUAGCAAACAUAGACCCGACGUCUAUCUAAUACCUUUCAAGCUUCAUUUAAUAAUUUGCCGACUCAUACAUACACAUUGUUGAGCGUAACUAUACCAUAAAUGUAUGAUGACCGAAUAUAUGUAAAGGAAAAAAAACAUCUCCGUUUACCGCUAUAAAUUCCUACCUAAAAGUACACGAAAAAUGACCCUUUGCUCAAAGAUUAUAUUCAGAAACUUAUAGAUAACUUGCAGUUUGAGAAAACACGAUCGGAAAAUCUUUUAGCUAAGAAUAGGCAGUUAAAUGAUAAGGUCAAUAAACUGGAAAAUGAAAUUAAAACUUUGAAAAUGAAAAAGGAGAGAUUAGAGGAACUCAGCGAUAAACUGCAACGUGAUAUGACGCUAAUACAAAUCAGUCAAAAAAGUAAUGCUCUUAAUAUAAAUACUCAAGCCAUUUCGAACGGAUCAAAUACUGUAAGCGAUGAACCUGCGACUGAUAACAACACUGGUAGUUGUAAUAAUGGGGAUGAUGACGAUAGUAAUUGCAUUAUAGUAAAAGGUCUGCAUAAAAAUGCUUUAGCCAGCUCGUUGCCCGGAAUCAUUGCGGAUAUGGGACGUGUAAUGAAAUUAAAAUUAACGAAAGAUGAUUUGAAACGCGUUACAAUUAUGAAGCGUAAAUUCUAUGAGCGUCAUAAUCUCGAAACGGAUACGAUGAUCUUGAUUGUGCAAUUUCAUAAACUUGAUAUGAAAGUUGAUUUUCUUAAACAUAAAGAGAAAUGCAAAAAGCAUCCGGCCUAUGCCAGCGUAAAUGUUGAAGAUUAUGUUAGCGAGAACACGUACAAUUUGUGUCAGUAUGCUAAAAUUCUUAAAACGUAUGGUUACGCUGCGGUCUAUUGGCGGAAUAAUUGCGUUUAUGCUAAGAAAACUAAUUCUACGGACUGUAGAGAGAUACCGAUUCAUACACGUUCCCAGGUGGAUGCACUAAAGUUCUCCAUCUGAUUUUCUUUGUUUUAUCGCAAUCUUAAAAAGCUAAUGUUUUCCGUAUUAAUCUGCGCUAAAUCAUUGUAAAAUAAUGGCUUCUUUUGGAGUACAAUUUUACAACCGUGAACGAGGUAACCAUCUUAUUUUUUUACCAAAAAUAUAUUCGGACUAAAAAAAAUAAAGAAGAAAAAUAAGAAAACUAAUUAUAAUAGCGGUUAACAACCGCGAAGGGGAAAAAUCAAACCGCAAUCAUCUUCAAGGAAAAUACUCAAUCUGUACCGAUAUCUGUUACCUGAUGUUGAAGUUACAUUUCAGUUAUUCGGAUUUCUAAGAUUCGGAUUUGUCGCAUGCGGCAAAAUUUUCCUCUCAAUAUACGUACAAGAACUGUGUGUCGGUCAACGUCGAGGCGCUGAGUAUUUCUCAUAAAAGUUUAUUAAAUUUGAUUUUGAUUUAAAAAACUUUCAUAUUUUUUUGUUUUAUUAAAUAGUACUUAUUUUAAGACAUAUUUUAUUGCGUUCAUUUUCGUGUAAAAAAAAAUAAAUGCUAAUGUGCUAGUUGCAGCUUAGUUUUGCUGACUUAAGCGGGCUGACACAAGAAUUCUUAAAUGCAUUUGUUCGAUGCAGCUAAAUCCAUUGGGGUGGAGGAACGAUGUGGGCGCUAUUCAGUGAAUGUUACGUCGCGGUACUAAGUCUUGUUAACAUCACCGUAAGCAUAGUGCAUAAUUGCUACUCUGACAUUCCAUUCGCAUUUCCGAAAUUUCCCAUUGAAAUCGCACUAAGAGACAAUUUUGUUUAGAUCGGAGUGAAGCGAAUGCACAGGUUCAGUUAAGAAGACAGCAGCAACUUAAUGUCAUCUGCAAAAAUAAGGAUAUUAGAAUAUAGCUCAAUAGAGAAUUUCUACCUUUGGAAAGUGGAAAUGAUGGGACGUCGAUAUGUUACUUACAGUACUCUAGCUGUUACAUACAUAUCUAGUAUGUCAAGUCAUGUUGGUGGCGAGUGUCCUUUCUUUUUUAAUUUUCCUCCUAUUAUCUAUAAGAUUUAUCUUCUAUUCAUAAUGCAUAAUUCGUUUUGCAGUUCCAUCUCCAGAUAUGCGAUUUGCCUUUAAAAUUCAUUUCUACAACAAAGUAUUACAAAACACUUUGCUUUUCACAACUUUGAAGAGGGCGCGCCUAUUCCAUAACUACUAAAGUAAAAUAAGAGCCUUCAACUUCUUAAUGCAAGAACUCCGAAGAACGUGGCAUUCCCAGAAUUAAUUUUGAACAGUCUUGCCACAAGUAAAAAAAUUGUUUUUAAAUUUUUCUUUCCUUGCUUGAAUUUAUAAGUUGAGGUACCGACAUUUCGACAUGUGCCCGUUUCUACUACAGGGGAUAAAUUUGAUCUGCUUUCUAUAUGCAAGACGGCAGUCGGAGAAAUGAAGAUAGAAAAACUCAGAUUCCUCCAUGAUCGAUUAAGAAUAGAAGGAUCAAAAAUGGAUGUGGUCUGCAAACAUAUUCACCCACAAUAGAAAAAAAAAAAUGAAUGAUUUUUCCAUUUUCAAGUCGAACGAUCACAGAAACACUACUCCCUUUCUUCACCCGACUCUUCUUAUAACCUUUCCUGACUGUCUCGUAUCUAUAGGGGACAUGCCCGGUCAUAGAAAAAACUUUAUAAAUAUUUUCGUCUAUAAGUUUCAAUACCGAGAAGGUGCUCUUACUGUGCAGGUAUUUAUCAGGAGCACCGUCACGAUCGAUUCAAAAGCAAUUAAAACAGUUCAUUUCGCUUGUAUAAUUUUUGCCUGAUUGUAAGUCAUUAUCUUGAAA